AUAUAUUUAUAAAUCUUUCUUGAUUCUUUUACUUGUGUUUUCUUUCGAAUAAUUACUGUAAUCAAUACUUAGUUACCUGUGCAUAUUUACAGAUCUUUGCUGUGCUGAGUUUGGGCAGCCUUUGGUGUCUCUCUUGCCAAGUUGAGUUCACCUGAGCGGAAAAAUCAAGGAAUUCAUCAGGACUAAAUUUAUCAUUUGGUAGGAGAAAGGAUGGCUGAUCAAUCCCCCAAACUGACCAGAAUAGGCCUUGCUGGUCUUGCUGUGAUGGGGCAAAAUUUAGCCCUGAAUAUUGCCGAAAAAGGGUUUCCAAUUUCUGUUUACAAUCGGACCACAUCUAAAGUCGAUGAGACUACUGAGAGAGCAAAAGCGGAAGGAAACCUUCCUGUCUUUGGCUUCCAUGAUCCUGAAUCAUUUGUGCAGUCAAUCCAAAAACCCCGUGUCAUUAUCAUGCUUGUCAAAGCUGGGGCUCCUGUUGAUCAGACCAUCAAAACACUCUCGGCUUACAUGGAGAAAGGUGAUUGUAUCAUUGAUGGCGGAAACGAGUGGUAUGAGAACACUGAGAGGAGGGAGAAAGCUAUGACUGAAUUAGGCCUUCUGUACCUUGGUAUGGGAGUUUCUGGUGGUGAAGAGGGUGCUCGAAAUGGACCUUCUCUGAUGCCCGGAGGAUCCUUUGAAGCCUAUAAAUAUAUAGAAGACAUCGUUCUUAAAGUAGCAGCCCAGGUUCCUGAUAGUGGUCCCUGUGUGACCUACAUUGGGAAAGGAGGAUCUGGAAACUUUGUUAAGAUGAUUCAUAAUGGGAUUGAGUAUGGUGACAUGCAGCUGAUUGCUGAGGCCUACGAUGUGCUGAAAUCAGUUGGAAAACUGUCAAACGAGGAACUCAAAAAUGUUUUUUCAGAAUGGAACAGGGGGGAGCUUCAAAGUUUCUUGAUUGAAAUCACAGCUGAUAUUUUCGGAAUUAAGGAUGACAAGGGAGAUGGCUAUCUGGUUGACAAGGUCUUGGACAAAACUGGGAUGAAGGGUACUGGUAAAUGGACUGUCCAGCAAGAAUUGUCAGUUGCAGCCCCCACGAUUGAAGCUUCUCUAGAUUCGAGAUUCCUGAGUGGUUUGAAGGAGGAAAGAACUGAAGCUGCCAAAGUCUUCAAAUCUGGUGGUUUUGGUGAUAUUCUAGCUGAUCAGGUGGUUGAUAAGGAAAAACUGAUUGACGACGUAAGAAAAGCUCUAUAUGCAUCUAAAAUAUGCAGUUAUGCUCAGGGAAUGAAUCUGAUUCGUGCCAAGAGCAUUGAGAAAGGAUGGGAUUUGAAGUUGGGGGAACUAGCCAGGAUAUGGAAGGGAGGCUGUAUCAUUCGUGCUAUCUUCUUGGAUCGCAUCAAGAAGGCAUAUGACAGAAACCCGGAUCUCGCAAACCUCCUAGUCGACCCUGAGUUUGCAAAGGAAAUCAUCGACAGGCAAUCUGCUUGGAGAAGAGUCGUAUGCCUUGCAAUCAACUCAGGCAUCAGCACUCCUGGAAUGUCUGCUAGUCUUGCUUACUUCGACACUUACAGAAGGGAGAGAUUGCCAGCUAACUUGGUCCAAGCUCAAAGAGACUACUUUGGUGCCCAUACAUACGAAAGGGUUGAUAUCCCAGGAUCCUUCCAUACCGAGUGGUUUAAGAUUGCUAAAAAGAAGAACAAUUAAGAUUUGUUAUCUGGUUAUUGUUUUUUCAUAAAUAAUGUGGGGACAUCAAUCUUGAAUGUCAUUCAGCACUUGAUUCCCGACUCCACAAUAUUGUUACCAUUGGAAAAAAGAACUAGGAGAAGUUUGUUUCGACUUGCUUCUUUUACUUUGUUAAUUUUCAAGAGCACCUUUGUGCUUUUUGGUGUUGUACGUACUCUCUUGGAUGUGAUUGUUGAUUGAUGAUGUUUAUGAAGAUUUGGUGUAGCUGUUUCUCUA